AGUCUCUGAUUAACAAAACCACUGCGAGGAAACUCCCAUAGCGUGUUAUCAAACUCAUCGAAUUCGACCCAUUUAUGGAGGAUAUUAAUCAGGCAUAAAUUGAAUAAAAAAAAAACAGGUCAAAAGACUACACCAAGUAUACAUACAAUAUGCAAUGAAUUAUGUAUAUACAAAAGUGAUUUAAAUAAAAUCUAGACCGCUUAACUCCUCUCGUCGUUACUUUGUGAACUGCCUUCACAAGGUCACGUUAAAUUGCCGUUGCAUUGAGGAUGCGACUGGUUGUUACCUCUGAAUAGAUAACUCCGUGCGCUUAUGUGUGCCUUGUCAGGUUUCCCUCAAAUUUGAAUUCAAGUGUCAUCGGCGACAUAGUCGACUUCUGUUAACAGUGCCACGAUGGAAGCUGCCGAUACCUCUGGCAAUCGAUCAAGGCAAUAUGAUGAAUGGAAAAAACGGGCUCUUCUCGGUCCACUUCCGAAUGAUUUCUUGAGGCUCGAGGACGAUAACCCCCAACACCAGCAAGAGGCUGCCGAUCAGCAGGCUGCGUUAGCUCUUCAGCAAAUCCAAAUGCAGCAAUGGAAGGAGAGACACGGAACCGGCAAGCUCAGUAUCACCAUUGCUCAAGCAAAGUUGGUCAAGAAUUACGGUAUGACCAGGAUGGAUCCUUACGUGAGGCUACGAGUUGGACACGCGGUCUAUGAAACGCAUACGGACACGAACGGAGGAAAAAAUCCACACUGGAACAAAGUCGUGAAAUGUCCUCUACCUCCGGGUGUUACGCAGAUAUACAUCGAGAUCUAUGACGAGUGUUCCUUUACGCUGGAUGAGUUAAUAGCUUGGGGUCACAUAGAGAUUCCACCUCAGGUUAUUCAACGAGGAGAAACUCAUGAAGAUUGGUACGUGUUGAGUGGUAAACAAGGAGAUAAUCAAGAAGGCAUGAUAAACUUGGUACUCAGUUAUUCGGCGGACACUCGUCCAUAUAUACCUCCUUCACCUAUCAUGAUGGUUCCUUCGGCGACAAUGUUUGGAAGAGUACCGUACGCACCUGUCAACGUUUACGCAGCUCCGCCUGGAGCUGCCGUACCAACUGUAAAUCCAAGUUCUCUGCCACAUGCCGAAGCUGAAUUGAAACUGAUUGCAGAAAUGUUCCCAAAUCUUGACAAAGAAGUUAUUAAGUCAGUGUACGAUGCCAACGGUGGAAAGAAAGACGCGACCAUAAACUCAUUGUUGCAGGUAUGCGAAUGAACGCUUGUCAUCGGAACAUCUGCAUAUUCAUUGUAUAGAUCUUUAUCUACAUACAUAUACAAAUUCCAAAUGCCAUAUUUGUAUUUUCUGCUAAAAUGUAUCCUAAUCAGAAAUGUAAUAUAUUUGUAAAUUAUUAUGACUUUAUACCAUAUACCGUGCUGCUGCUUCCAAUAUUCAUGAAAACUGUAACGACAAAUAUGCUUAAUUAAAAAAUAUAACAUUUUAUUUUAGAUAA